UUCAACAUGAUCAUUAUAAAACUUAAAUAAAUACAUGUAAAUAUAACAUCAUUGAUGUGGUGAUGGACUCAAGGUCGUAAUAAUUUAAGUGAAUCAAAAGCAUCUGCUGCUUGUGAUUAACUAAAUUAUUUAACUUUAAUUUCAAACAAACUUAAAGAGUACAUAUGCAUAGAUUUUUCUUAUAUAAUUCAGAAAAAUUUCCCAAAAUUUAAUAAUUUAUACGGUUGCACACGCUAUCUUCUCACAUAUUUUUGUUUUCUCUCGAUAAAGUAGGUAGUAAAAUCAAGUGAUAAUUACACAUUUUGCAUAUAAAACUUUUCCAAAUACCAUCUUUAACGGCCAUGUCGUAUAAACUGAUAUAUUUCGACAUUGGUGGAAGAGGAGAACCAAUCCGGAUGAUUUUCGCAGCAGCCGGUGUAGAAUUCAUAGACGACCGGAUUAAAGAUGAGGAUUGGCCGAAAAUUAAAUCAGCAAUGCCCUGGGAACAAAUACCAGUUUUGGAAAUUGACAAUGAUACGCUCGCCCAGACGGUCACGAUUUGUCGCUAUCUCGGAAGAAAAUUUAAUCUGGUUGGCCACACAGAAUUUCAUGCUGCAAAAUGCGACGAAUAUGUGGACCACUUUAACGACUUCUUCGAAUGUAAAUUGGGCCAGGUACUUCUACGAAGAGGAUGAAGCUCUUAAGGUGAAAUAUAAGGAAGAGUUUUUGGCUGUCCACCUCCCCAAUUGCUUAUCCAAAUUCAAUUCACUACUUGAGAAAAAGAAACACAAGGAUUUUCUCGUCUGUCAAGAACUAACUUGGGCUGAUGUUUUUAUCGCUACAAAAAUGGACAGAAUGCAAAAAACGACUGGACAAGAGGUGCUCGACAGUUACGAUGCCGUCAAAAAAUUCAAAGAUACCGUGUUCAAUUUUCCAAAAAUUCAAGAAUAUUUAAAACACCAUACCGUAAAUAUAUAGCACUUAUGCAUAUUUUGAAUUUGUACAUAAUUUGCCUACAUAAAAACUUUGGAAUAUAAAUACCUUUGUGUUA